UGUCGACUUUAGGGAUUGGUUAAGGAGGUAGGAGGUACUAGGGUUCGGGUUCAGAGGGGUAGGUUUCGGGUUCAGUGUCUCUGUCCAGUUGCCCACUAACUAGUUUAAUGAAGGUAGGGUUAGGGUUCUGAGAGUCUCUCUGCCCUGAUGUCCACUAACUAGUUUAAUGAAGGGAGGGUUAGAGUUCAGUGAGUCUCUCUGUGCUGAUGUCCACUAACUAGUUUAAUGAAAGUAGGGUUAGGGUUCAGUCUCUCUGUCCUGAUGUCCACUCUGUGUUCCCCUUUCUCAGCGGACUGAACACCACUGUAACUCCAUGGAGCGAUGCUUUAGCGUCAGCGGCGACUGCACCGCCCCUUCCCUGGCUGGCCGCGCCCCCCCGGCCCCCGCCCACCUGGUCUCCACGGCGCCCCCGGCUCCGGCCCCUCCCCCGACCCCGCCCCCCCGCCCUGGCCGGCCCCGCGGCGCGGGCGCCAUGGUGGACGUCAGCAAGUGGCCGCUGUUCAGCCUGCUGAGCGCCAAGGAGACGGCCGCCGUGAGGCAGGCCUGCGUGUUCGGGAACUCGGCCAACGAGGCGCUCUACGUCACCCAUAGCAACGAGUUUGCGGUGAUAGGUCUGAACUGCAGUAACUGUCUGGGCACCGGGGACAGCCUCAGCACCAUCGCCCCCCGAGCCCUGGACGCCCUGAGGGGCAAGAAGGUGGCCUCCUUCAGCUACGGGAGCGGACCGCACGUCCUGCUAGCUACUGAGAGCGGAGAGCUGUACGCCUGGGGCCACAAUGGCUACAGCCAGCUGGGCAAUGGAACCACCAACCAGUGCGCCUCCCCCGCACUGGUGACCACCAACCUGCAGGGGAAGAGGUUCAAAGAGGUGGCCUGUGGGUCGCACCACUCCCUGGCCCUCACCACCGAUGGAGAGGUGUUUGCCUGGGGCUAUAAUAACUGCGGUCAGGUUGGCUCUGGCUCCACCGCCAACCAGCCCAGCCCCCGCCGCGUGGCAGGCCUCCUGCAGGGCAAGGCGGUGGUGGGCGUGGCCUGCGGACAGACCUCCUCCCUGGCCCUGGUGGACAACGGAGAGCUCUACUCCUGGGGGUACAACGGGAACGGCCAGCUGGGUCUGGGGAACAACGGGAACCAGCUGUCGCCCUGCAGGCUGACCGCGCUGCAGGGGUUGUGUGUACAGCAGGUGGUCGCUGGCUACGCCCACUGCCUGGCCCUGACUGACGAGGGGGCGCUCUACGCCUGGGGGGCCAACACCUGCGGCCAGCUGGGCACCGGCAACAAGAGCAACCAGCACAGCCCGGUGCAGGUCAUGGCCGAGAAGGAGAGGGUGGUGGAGGUCGCAGCGUGUCACUCCACACACACCUCAGCCGCCAAGACGCAGAGUGGGCAGGUGUACAUGUGGGGUCAGUGCCGGGGUCAGUCCGUGGUCUUACCCCACCUCACCCACUUCGUCUCCACCGACGACGUGUUCGCCUGCGUCGCCACGCCUGCCGUCAUGUGGAGGCUGCUGUCCCUGGAGACGGAGGACUUCAUGACCCUCAGCCAGGCCCUGGGCCGGGAGUUCGACAGCCCGGAGACUGCCGACCUCAAGUUCAGCGUGGAGGGGAAGUACAUCUACGUCCACAAGGCGGUGCUCAAGAUCAGGUGCGAUCACUUCCGCUCCAUGUUCCAGUCCCACUGGAGCGAGGACCUCCAGGAGGUGAUUGAGAUCGAGCAGUUCUCCUUCCCCGUCUACCGCUCCUUCCUCCACUUCCUGUACACGGACACCGUGGAGCUACCACCGGAGGACGCCAUCGGCCUACUGGACCUGGCCACCUCCUACUGUGAGAACCGUCUGAAGCGUCUCUGUCAGCAGAUCAUCAAGAGAGGGAUCACCGUGGACAACGCCUUCACCCUGCUGUCGGCCGCCGUGCGCUACGACGCUGAGGACCUGGAGGAGUUCUGCUUCCGGUUCUGUGUGAACCACCUGACCCGGGUCACCCAGACGGCCGCCUUCUGGCAGGUGGACGGCGCCAUGCUGAAGGAGUUCAUCUGCAGGGCCAGCCGCUGUGGGGCCUUCAAGAACUGAAGAGGGGCACUCAGGAAGUCAUGGGCCCUCAAGACCUGAGGGGCCCUCAAGACCUGAGGGGCCCUCAAGAACUGAACAAGGGGCCUCAAGACCUGAGAGGUCUUCAACACCUGAGGGGCCCUCAAGAACUGAGAAGAACUGAGGGGUCUUCAAGAACUGAGAGGCCCUCAGGUCCUGAGAAGAUCUGAGAGCCCCUCAAUAACUGAGAAGAACUGAGGGGUCUUCAAGACCUGAAGAAGGGCCCUCAAUACCUCAGGGGCCCUCAACUUAGGGGCCAUCAGGAACUGAGGCCUCCUCUCAGAGUCUCCUCACCUGGUCCAGGACCAGAAGAACAGAGAAACUUUCUAAUUAAGUUCUCAUGAAGGUUCCUUUCUUCUGGUCAGGGGUCGUGAGCUCACCAUGGUUUGAAGGUUUGGAUCUCAUGAACCCCCCUCUAUAAGAAAGAGUUCCUGUCCAUCUUCUGUAGCUUUAAGUAGUUAUGAGUGAACAUUCCCCUCACAGCUAAACAAAGCUCAUUCCUGAACUCAUUCCUAAACUCAUUCCUAAACUCAUUCCUGAACUCAUUCCUGAACUUAUUCCUGAACUCAUCCCUGAACUCAUCCCUGAACUCAUCCUUCAACUCAUCCCUGGACUCAUCCCUAAACUCAUUCCCUGAGCCACAUGGUUUCAGAGUAGAGAACCUGCAGACACUGAGGGAUGUUGAACUGACACUGAAGGGUGUUGAACAGACACUGAAGGGUGUUGAACACGCACUGAAGGGUGUUGAACACACACUGAAGGGUGUUGAACACGCACUGAAGGGUGUUGAACACGCACUGAAGGGUGUUGAACACGCACUGAAGGGUGUUGAACACGCACUGAAGGGUGUUGAACACGCACUGAAGGGUGUUGAACAGACACUGAAGGGUGUUGAACAGACACUGAAGGGUGUUGAACAGACACUGAUGGGUGUUGAACACGCACUGAUGGGUGUUGAACACACACUGAAGGGUGUUGAACACACACUGAAGGGUGUUGAACACACACUGAAGGGUGUUGAACAGACACUGAAGGGUGUUGAACACGCACUGAAGGGUGUUGAACACACACUGGAUUUUGUUCGGGGGUACGAGGGGGAUGCGAGAGAGAGGGGGAGGGGGUUGAGGAGGGGGGAGUGGUAGAGAGGAGGGGAGUAAAGGCCUCUCCUCCCAAGGCCAGGAAGUUCAGAGCUGAAUCUGCUGCUUGUUGAGGAGAUUGAGAGCUUUGUGGUUUUCUUAGUUGAGUUGUAGUUGAGCUGUAAAGAGCUAAGCAGCAUCACAGUCGUCUGUGUUUUAUCGCGGAGGACGUACUGUAAAGAAAUUAAUGCAACGCUGAAACGGUUAUAUCACAAAUUCCAGAAAUUCUGUAAACGCACUUAAGUCCAACAACCUGAUGUUGUUCCUCAUUAAAGAACAUUGAUUGGUUUGAGAUGAGCCCAAACCUGACCUGCUAGGUUGGUUGGUCAGAUGCAUUGUGUACUGUAGCCUCCAGGUCAUUUUACUGUCCUAAUUAACUAGUCUUAAUUAACAGUGACUGAGCUCUGAUUUGAAUAGUGAACUUUGGCGCUUUGGAAUUCUUCUUUGUUUUAAAUAGAUAUGCUGUAGCCUUCGGAGAGCAGUAGAACAAAGUAGAUUUCGGUUCAUGAAUACUAUUUUUGUAUUUUUAUACUCUCGUUAUGUAUUCAUGCAUUUCCGAUGUUCGAUGUAAAGUUGCAAAAUAAAGGACCUUAUGUAACCAUC